AUGUUGAGACUAAGAGGCAUUCCGACCAGGAAUGUUACCAGAACGCUGGUUUCUCAAUUAAGAGCAUUUUCCAUUGCUCCACCAAGACUCAACAGCAUCAUUGCAGACUCUGUGGAGUUGGAACAACCCAAGGUGGUACAAAAGCCCCAGAGGUACCAAAAGAAGAGCUUCGUUAAUAAUUACGAGCAAACUCCGAUCCAGCUACUUGCUUCUAUCGAGAAAUUUCAGGAAGUUCUAGACUCUGAGAAAUCCAGCGGAGACGCUGAUUCGACUCCCGAUGAAAGGUUUGCCAGAAGGGCCUGUUCCGUAGCCUAUCCCUUGAUAAUGGGAUUGCAAGUUCACAAAGAGGUUGGUGGAUACUCACCAGAGGAUCUCUGCUACAGAGUUGCUUCCAUGGCUAUUGAAGCUAAGGUUGCCAGGAUAUACAUUCUGAACCCAGUGGUAUUCCUGUUCUUAAAGACAGAUAGACCAAAGGAUGCUCUUAGUUUCUGGCUAGAGGCUUUUGAGUAUGUGAAAAGAUCAGGAUUACCGAUUUCGGGUAAGCUUAGCGAAAAGGAGCAGAUGGACUUUGAUUUUUUCCGCAUGGCUGGUUAUCUGUCUUACUUGAGAACAUGUCAGAAGACAGGAACCAAGGUUGAUUUGGAGACAGUUGUUUCGAUUCUGGGUGAGGCUGCUCCAAGUGUCGAGAGACUUGCUGGAAUCAUCAAGAGAUGGGGUUUGUCCGAGGAACUGGCUGGUUACGUAAGAAAGGUUCAUCCAGGAGUGUUCAAGAGUUUGAAAUCUCGCACUGCCAACCCCAACGACGCUAAGUACUGGGAUUCAUUGAAGUCUCUAGUUUUGGAAGGAAAGUUUCAACUCAUGGAAAAACAAGUCCAAUAUAUCAGGACUCUCUCUAAGGAAACUAACGUUCCACUUACUGAAAAUCGUCUGUGCCAGUUGAUGAACAUCUAUUCCACUGCCAAAAGAACACAGGCUGCGGUUUCUGUAUUUGGCGAGAUUACGAAGGCCUUCAAAAAACCUUCUAUUGCGUCCUGGAACGAGCUGUUGUACUUGCAAAGCAAAUACACAGACUCUCCACUGGAUAGAGUCAACAGUGUGUGGUCUCUGAUGAAGGAGAACCAAAUCGAGUUCGAUGCAGAUUCAUAUGCCAACUUGGUGAAGGCUUACACGGAGCUGGACCAGAUUGACGAGGUUAUCCGGGUGAUAUCCGAACUGAGAAACUCAAAGACCGUUCCAUUGACCAAUAAGGUGAUGGAGUCCGCGGUUCUGGCUCUUUUGAAAACGAACACAAUCUCACAAGCUGAAAAGAUCAUGGCCUCUUUUGCUGCUAACGAUGGCUAUGUUCCCACAGCCAAGGUUUUUGGGCUCUUGAUCCAGAAGUUCGGUGACGCUGGUGACUUUGCAAAGGCCUCAGAGGUCUUGGACAGAAUGGCUGCCUUUGAGGUCAAGCCUGACGUUUCCAUUUACACCAUCGUCAUCAACAUGCUGUUCAAACAAUCGAGGAAAACGGGCCGUCCUCUUGAUACUGCCAGCUUGAAGAGUCUGUUCGAUAACAUGGAGGCCGAGAACAUCUCCAGAAACAAUUACAUCUACUCCACGGUAUUGCACGAUCUCAUGCUGCAAGAGGGCUCAAUUGCUGCUGGUGAAACUUUACUUGAAUAUAUGAAGGCCAACAAAAUCAGGAUCACUGCCACCACGUACACAUCCGUUAUAUCUGGUUUUUCCAAGAAUGGUCGUUUGGACGAUGCUAAGAGGUACUUUGACGAGGCUGUUUCCAAGGGAGUUAACCCCAACACUCCACUGUUCAAUAUCUUGAUUGAGGGCUUUGCUAAGGCUAAGAGAUUGGAAGAUGCCCUUUCUGAGCUGGAAUUGAUGAAGCAAAAGUCAGUUAGACCCAACUUCUUUAGUUUCUACUUCAUGCUGAAGGAGGCCAGUGGUGCUAAGGACUGGGACAUGUGCAGAAAGAUUGUUGAUCAAAUUGGAGAGUCUGGGAUUUCUGAGUACGGCAAAUCGCUUCCAAGAUUGUUGAGGAGCUGUGAAAGAAACGGAGUUGAGCUUCCUCAGACGGUUGUGGAUAGACUUGGGAAGCCUGCUGUGUAG